CCAUGCAGUACGGCGAGCGCCAUCUCUUCCCAUUGGUCGGUGGACCAUGGCCGUGCAGCUUGGAGAUGCUCGCCAUGUGGUUCUGGACUUGUGUGUGUGCAGUCGGGAGAGCGCCAUCUCCAUCUCUUCCCGUGUGGUCCGUCAACCAUGGGGUUCUGGAGGUACCUUCUGAAGAAGAACCUUGAUGCCCGGUGGCUGCAAGGGUUCCCUUGCGCCGUGUUUGCGAUCGGCGAUUCAGGCUACCAGGGGUUGCUGCAAAGAAGCUCCGUACAAGGCUUUCACAGCUUGGUGCAAAAUCGAUCAGUGAUUGUAUUGGGAGAUGAUCAAGACUCUUCAGGAUAUGAAAAAGCUCUAGGUCCUUGGCUGCUGUCUUUCUGGAAAUCACUGAAUCGAACAAAUCCGUCGCUUUUACCAAGAAUUCAGGCUCGUCCGCGGGCACUCAGACGAGCGUCCAAGCACUCCGAUGAGUGUCCGUGCACAUCAGCGCCUCUACCACAAACAUUCAGAAAAAAGAGGAUUCCCCUAGUGUGGAAAAUGGAUAGCUCUAGAAUCUACUCCUCACAAUGGUUAUAUGCUGCUUUCAACUUCUCUGUGUACUGAGUUGUAUUUUGUGUGUGGAUGAUUGUAACAUGGAGACAGAAGAAAA